AUGGAAACACAGCUGUCCAACGGGCCCACAUGCAACAACACAAGCAACGGCCCGUCCACAAUCUCCAACAACUGCUCCUCCCCCGUGGAGUCGGGCAGCAUCGAGGACAGCAAGACCAAUUUGAUCGUCAACUACCUGCCUCAGAACAUGACACAGGAGGAGCUAAAGAGCCUGUUCGGCAGCAUCGGAGACAUAGAGUCGUGUAAACUGGUGCGGGACAAGAUCACAGGUCAGAGUCUGGGCUAUGGUUUUGUUAACUACGUGGAUCCUAAAGAUGCAGAAAAGGCCAUAAAUACCUUAAAUGGGUUGCGGCUUCAGACCAAAACUAUCAAGGUGUCGUACGCUCGGCCAAGCUCCGCCUCAAUCAGAGAUGCAAACUUGUACGUCAGCGGUUUACCAAAAACAAUGACACAGAAAGAACUGGAGCAGCUGUUCUCUCAGUACGGCCGCAUCAUUACCUCACGUAUCCUGGUGGACCAGGUCACCGGCGUCUCCAGAGGAGUGGGGUUCAUUCGCUUCGACCGGCGAGUGGAGGCAGAGGAAGCCAUCAAAGGGCUCAACUGUCAGAAGCCGCCCGGUGCCACGGAGCCCAUCACGGUCAAGUUCGCCAACAACCCAAGUCAGAAGACGAGCCAGGCUCUGCUGUCGCAGCUCUACCAGUCGCCCAAUCGAAGGUACCCAGGGCCCCUCGCACAGCAGGCACAGCGCUUCAGGCUGGACAAUCUGCUCAACAUGGCCUAUGGAGUCAAAAGGUAA